GAAGAAUUUUCUAAAAAGAAAUAAUAGAAAAGGCAUUUAUUGGGGAAGGGCGAUGGCCUCCUUUUUCUUCUCAAAAGAUAUAUAAAAGGAGAGGCGUAGAGGCGCCGGAAAGCGGGUCUUCCCAUCUCAGACUUUCUCUCUGAUUCCCUCGCUUCCCUGCGCUGCUCUGGCUCUGGCUCUGGCUGCGCGGUCUCCACUGAGUUCUCUCUGUACCGGGCCUUUCCAUUGACAAGUUCGAGGUUCAUCCCCCUCCCAACUUCUUCUGCUCCUCUCCGAUAACACUCUCACAGCCGCCAUCGGCUCUCCCGCUUCUCUCUCCUAAUUAGGGCGAAGAUGGCGAAGAACAUCAGCCUGGAGGAAAUAAAAAACGAGACCGUGGAUCUGGAAAAGAUCCCUCUCGAGGAGGUGUUUGAGCAGCUGAAAUGUACCCGGGAAGGUUUGUCCUCCGACGAAGGGGCCAACAGGCUCCAGAUCUUCGGCCCGAACAAGCUCGAAGAGAAAAAGGAGAGCAAGGUUCUCAAGUUCUUGGGUUUCAUGUGGAAUCCGCUGUCAUGGGUUAUGGAAGCUGCUGCCAUUAUGGCUAUUGCCUUGGCAAAUGGCGGUGGAAAGCCACCAGAUUGGCAAGACUUUGUUGGUAUUAUCUGCUUGUUGGUAAUCAACUCCACCAUUAGUUUCAUCGAGGAAAACAAUGCUGGUAAUGCUGCUGCAGCUCUCAUGGCUGGUCUUGCCCCUAAGACCAAGGUUCUUAGAGAUGGUAAAUGGAGUGAACAGGAUGCUGCAGUCCUUGUUCCAGGAGACAUCAUUAGUAUCAAGUUGGGUGACAUCGUCCCUGCUGAUGCCCGCCUUCUUGAAGGUGAUCCCUUAAAGAUCGAUCAAUCAGCCCUCACAGGAGAAUCACUUCCUGUAACCAGGCACCCAGGUGAUGAGGUUUUCUCUGGCUCCACUUGCAAACAAGGAGAGCUCGAGGCUGUUGUUAUAGCAACUGGGGUCCACACAUUCUUCGGGAAGGCUGCACAUUUGGUGGAUAGUACCAAUCAAGUUGGACACUUCCAGCAAGUUCUAACUGCUAUUGGGAACUUCUGUAUCUGUUCCAUAGCAAUUGGAAUAGUCAUAGAGAUUGUUGUCAUGUACCCAAUUCAGCACCGUCCGUACAGGCAAGGAAUCGAUAACCUCCUUGUUCUCUUGAUCGGAGGUAUCCCUAUCGCUAUGCCCACAGUCUUAUCUGUGACAAUGGCUAUCGGAUCCCACAAGCUUUCUCAGCAAGGAGCUAUCACCAAACGUAUGACUGCCAUUGAGGAGAUGGCUGGCAUGGAUGUUCUGUGCAGUGACAAAACUGGAACCUUGACCCUCAACAAACUCAGCAUCGACAAAAACUUGAUUGAGGUGUUUAUUAAAGGUGUGGACAAGGAAUAUGUCAUCCUGAGUGCUGCCAGGGCUUCUAGGGUUGAGAAUCAGGAUGCUAUCGACGCUUGUAUGGUUAACAUGCUUGCUGACCCUAAGGAGGCAAGAGCAGGUAUUCGAGAAGUCCAUUUCCUCCCAUUUAAUCCUGUGGACAAAAGAACUGCUCUCACUUACAUCGACGAAUCCAAUGGAAAAUGGUACCGUGCAAGUAAAGGAGCUCCAGAGCAGAUCCUGGAGCUGUGCCACUCAAGUCAAGAUCUGAGGAGGAAAGUCCACUCUGUUAUUGAGAAAUUUGCUGAACGUGGGCUUCGGUCGUUAGGCGUUGCUAGGCAGGAGGUGCCAGAGAAAACAAAGGAAAGCCCUGGUGGUCCCUGGGAGUUUGUUGGCUUGUUGAACCUCUUCGAUCCUCCUAGACAUGACAGUGCUGAAACAAUCCGCCGAGCUCUUCAGCUUGGAGUGAAUGUCAAGAUGAUCACUGGCGAUCAACUCGCUAUUGGCAAAGAAACUGGACGAAGACUUGGGAUGGGAACAAAUAUGUAUCCAUCUGCUGCCCUGCUGGGUCAGGAUAAGGACUCAAACAUUGCUGCUAUUCCUGUUGAAGAGCUUAUCGAGAAGGCUGAUGGUUUUGCUGGGGUUUUCCCAGAGCACAAAUAUGAAAUUGUGAAGAAGUUACAAGAGAGGAAGCACAUUGUUGGGAUGACUGGUGAUGGUGUGAACGAUGCUCCUGCUUUGAAGAAGGCUGACAUUGGUAUAGCUGUCGCUGACGCUACAGAUGCUGCCCGAAGUGCUUCCGACAUUGUUCUUACAGAGCCUGGUCUGAGUGUUAUUAUUAGUGCAGUGCUGACUAGCAGAGCCAUUUUCCAGAGAAUGAAAAAUUACACUAUUUAUGCAGUCUCCAUCACUAUCCGUAUAGUGUUUGGUUUCAUGCUUAUUGCUCUGAUCUGGAAGUUUGAUUUCUCACCUUUCAUGGUUCUGAUCAUUGCCAUCCUCAACGAUGGUACGAUCAUGACAAUCUCAAAGGACAGAGUGAAGCCAUCCCCUCUGCCGGAUAGCUGGAAAUUGAAGGAAAUCUUUUGCACGGGAGUGGUGCUAGGUGGCUACAUGGCCUUGAUGACUGUCAUAUUCUUCUGGGCAAUGCAUAAGACAGACUUCUUCUCUAACAGAACUAACAAGAAUGCGUCAAACUUGGCAAUGCAGGACAAAUUUGGAGUGAAGUCUAUCAGGGACAGCGAACAUGAGAUGAUGAGUGCGCUGUACCUUCAAGUGAGUAUAGUGAGCCAGGCACUCAUCUUUGUUACAAGGUCACGUAGCUGGUCAUUUGUGGAACGCCCUGGCUGGCUCCUAAUGAUUGCCUUCGCCCUUGCUCAAUUGGUCGCAACUGUGCUGGCAGUCUAUGCAAACUGGAGUUUUGCGAGGAUUAAGGGGAUCGGGUGGGGAUGGGCCGGUGUGGUGUGGCUAUACAGCAUUGUGUUCUAUUUCCCGCUAGAUAUAAUGAAGUUCGCCAUCCGUUACAUCUUGAGUGGAAAGGCCUGGACCAACAUGCUAGAGAACAAGACAGCCUUCACGACAAAGAAGGAUUACGGAAAAGAAGAGAGGGAAGCGCAAUGGGCACUAGCUCAAAGGACGCUUCACGGGCUUCAGCCGCCACCCGAGAGCUCCGGUGGGAUCUUUAACGACAAGAGUAGCUACCGAGAACUGACAGAGAUAGCAGAGCAGGCCAAGAGGAGGGCUGAGGUUGCCAGGCUUAGGGAAUUGCUGACGCUGAAGGGACAUGUGGAGUCGGUGGUGAAGCUGAAGGGGUUGGAUAUUGACACCAUCCAACAGCAUUACACCGUUUAAUGACUGACGAGUCGGCCAUCAAUGGUCGGUCUGGGAAGGGAAGAAGGAAGAGACGCAGGCGGCAACCAGAUAGCCAAGAGCAUUUGUAGUUUGUUUAUGAGAGAGGAGGAAGACAUCGACGAAUGACAUAACCCCGUAAUAAGAACAAAGAGCCAAAACAAACAUGUUUCCUUUUGCAUUGUAUUAAGUAAUUAAGACCAAAGAUUGUGAUGAAGAAAUUGGUCUCUGCUUUCCUAAGUUUAUGGGGUUCUUCUGCUGGAAAGGAGUAGUAGGUUAGGGCCUAUUAGUUCCUGCCUUGUUUCUUUUUCCUCCUUUUGGUUUGUUUCAUAUUAUCAUAAGAUAAAAUGGGGUAGCCGUGUGCGGAUUGGUGGGCUAUCUUUUCCCUUUUUUUCAGAAACAGCAGAUAGUGGGGUGCUGCUGCAGGUCUGGAGGGAUUCUCCUCCAUAGUGACUCUAGCUAUUUCAGAUUUUCAGUGUACUGUCUGUGUCAUCUCUCGUCUCAUUUGUGCCUCUUCUUUUUUGUGUGUGGAGUACAACGUAAUGUUCUACUUGCAUGUCUUUUCUUUUUUUUAUAUGAUGAUGAUGAAGAACAAGUAUUCUUUCUGCUUUCGUCAAUUCGCAGACUGAAUGAUGAUUGUGGUGGUGGGCGGAGAAAGGUUGAAGUCACAAUGUCACAUAUAAUAAUAUCCAUGGAAUACUCCCUUUUUUCUUCUUCUUCA